UUUUCCCUUGCCAUUCCGGUCUCGUUUUUCAGACUUCCUUGAUCCUCCCCAGGGUCCUUUUGAGGCACCUCAGUCCGUAGCUGUGCCCUGAGGUUUAAGGUUGGGUAGGAGAUCGUCGUUCUGGGACCACCCUGGUGUUCUCCGCGUUAGAGGUGUUUGAUUUCUUCAAAGCAUUUGUCCAGUCAGACAUUUAAAAAUGGCAUCCAAAGAAGAAAUAAUGAGUGACCAGCGGUUUAGGAGGGUUACAAAGGACCCAAGAUUUUGGGAAAUGCCAGAAAAGGAUCGAAAAGUCAAAAUUGACAAGAGAUUUCGAGCAAUGUUUCAUGACAAAAGGUUCAAGUUGAAUUAUGCUGUGGAUAAAAGAGGACGCCCCAUCAACCACAGCACUACAGAGGACUUGAAGCGUUUUUAUGACCUUUCAGAUUCUGAUUCAGAUCUAUCUUAUGAAGAUGAUAAAGCAUUGAACCAAAAGAAAAGGAAGAAGAAAAAACCCCAGACUAACAACAAAAUAGAAUCAAAAAAUCUAGUUGAAGAGAAAAAGAAAGAAAGCAAAAAAAUUAAUCAAAAGGAUUCUGGAGAUAAAAAUGAUUUGGAUAAUUCUGACAGAAUUCAGAAAAUGGAAAAGUCAUGCAAAUCUAAGAAGGUAGAUUCAAAAAUAAGUUCUAAGAAAAACAGAGAAGAAUUUACACAGAAAAGUACAACAGGGAAAAAAAACAUUGUUCAACAUAGUACAGACUCAUGUCCCAAAGGAAAAGUAGACUUGGGCGUCUCUGAAAUUGUGAAAUCUCCCAAGCUCCAGUACUCUAAGACAAGAAGAGAAAUGCUAUCAGUGGUUUCGCUAAUGGCAAGAGACAGUGAUGGUUAUGAAAACUCGACAGGUGGUAAGAGGUUUGACAAAGAUGCUCUGGAGGAAGAAUCAGAAAGUGCUAGUGAAAUAGGUGAUGAAGAAUCUGAAGAUGAAAUUACAGGCAUUGGUAGAAGUUCAACUGAUGAUGAUGAUGAUGAUGAUGUUGAUGGAAAUGAAAAUGAUGAGGAGGAGGAUGAAGAUGAGGAGAGUGAGAAUGAUGAUGAAAGUGACAGUGGUCCUGAUCUUGCAAGGGGUAAAGGAAAUAUAGAAACUAGUUCUGAAGAUGAAGAAGAUAUGGCAGAUUUACUGCCAGAGGACUCUGGUUUUGAGCAUGCUUGGAGAGAAUUAGAUAAAGAUGCUCCUCGGGCUGAUGAGAUUACACGUCGAUUAGCUGUUUGCAACAUGGACUGGGACAGAUUAAAGGCAAAAGAUUUGCUGGCUUUGUUUAAUUCAUUUAAACCUAAAGGAGGUGUUAUAUUUUCUGUAAAGAUAUAUCCUUCAGAAUUUGGAAAGGAGAGGAUGAAGGAAGAGCAAGUUCAAGGACCAGUAGAGUUAUUAAGUAUACCUGAAGAUGCCCCUGAAAAGGACUGGACUUCUAGAGAAAAACUGAGAGAUUAUCAAUUCAAACGACUCAAGUACUAUUAUGCAGUAGUAGACUGUGAUUCCCCUGAAACAGCUGGCAAAAUUUAUGAGGAUUGUGACGGCCUGGAAUUUGAAAGUAGUUGUUCAUUCAUAGAUCUAAGGUUUAUACCAGAUGAUAUUACCUUUGAUGAUGAGCCCAAGGACAUAGCCUCAGAAGUGGAUUUAACAGCAUAUAAACCAAAAUAUUUCACAUCUGCUGCGAUGGGAACCUCAACGGUGGAAAUCACUUGGGAUGAGACUGAUCAUGAAAGAAUUACAACACUCAACAGGAAGUUUAAAAAGGAAGAGCUUUUGGACAUGGAUUUUCAAGCUUACUUAGCUUCCUCUAGUGAAGAUGAAGAGGAGAUAGAAGAGGAGCUACAAGGUGAUGAUAAAGUCAAUAUGGAAGAAGAUGGGAAAACAAAGAAAAGUCAGAAGGAUGAUGAAGAACAAAUUGCUAAAUACAAACAGCUCUUGCAAGUUAUUCAAGAAAAAGAAAAGAAAGGCAAAGAAAAUGAUAUGGAAAUGGAAAUUAAGUGGGUUCCAGGUCUGAAAGAAAGUGCAGAAGAGAUGGUGAGAAACAAACUGGAAGGAAAAGAUAAACUGACCCCUUGGGAACAAUUUUUAGAGAAAAAGAAAGAGAAGAAAAGACUGAAAAAGAAACAAAAGGCUCUUGCUGAAGAGGCCAGUGAAGAUGAACUUCCCUCUGAUGUUGAUCUGAAUGACCCAUACUUUGCCGAAGAAAUUACAAAAAUAGGUAUAAAAGAAAAGAAAAAAUCAGUGAAAUCUACAAAAGAUGGCAUAUCUCCAGUGGAAGAAGCUGAAAUAGAAAGACAAAAGGCUGAAAUGGCUCUGCUCAUGAUGGACGAGGAGGAAGAGAGCAAGAAACACUUCAAUUAUAAUAAGAUUGUAGAGCACCAGAAUCUAAGCAAAAAGAAGAAAAAACUGCUGAUGAAAAAGAAGGAAUUAUUAGAGGAUGACUUUGAGGUAAAUGUUAAGGAUGCACGGUUUCAGGCAAUGUAUACUUCCCACUUGUUCAAUUUGGAUCCUUCAGAUCCUAAUUUCAAGAAAACAAAAGCUAUGGAAAAAAUCCUUGAGGAGAAAGCCCGGCAGAGAGAACAGAAAGAACAAGAACUUACUCAGGCAAUAAAGAAAAAAGAGAGUGAAAUUCAAAAGGAAUCACAAAAGAGGUCCAUUGAUCCUGCCUUGUCAAUGUUGAUUAAAUCUGUAAAAAACAAAACAGAGCAGUUUCAAGCAAGAAAAAAACAAAAAGUCAAAUAGCUGUUUGUUGUUUCUUUUUGGAUUGAGAAUGUGUUCUCCUAAAGUGUACUGAAGUGAUAGAGGGAAUAUUUAUUGGGAACAAAGCUUUCUUUCAAGAAUAUGAAUAAAAUCUUAUUCUGACAGUUGUAAAAUUUCUUCCCCUAUACAACAGUUUGACUUAAUUGUGGAUGAUUGACAGAUUUGUUCUGUAUGUUUCCACAGAUUAAUCAUAAUUAAUUUAAUUAAACUGAAAUACAAGAUUUAUAAAAUUUUUGUAUUUUAUGAAAUUGAGUCAUACUAGUAGAAAAUUACUCUUGUCCUAAUUUUUUAAAAGAUUAUUUACAAUUCUAUAUAAAAAUAGAGCAGUGCCCAGUUGUUAAGUCUGAAUAAGAGUUAGGAACAAUUUGAAAAUAUGUAGAUGCAAUAUGUUAAUUUCUCUGGAAAAGGAGGCAGAUUUAGGUAUCUAUGUAAAUUUAUUUUUCUGGCCAUAAUGGAUAGAAGCCAAUAACUUCAUUGUUUGUUCAUGUUUAUUAUAGUUUGUUUAUGAAAUUAAUUUGUAAAUAAAAGUAUAAAAUAUUUUUAUUAUUUUGCGUA